AUAUUAUUCACACUUAUAUUAGAUAUUUUGAUUAAAUUAUUCUCUUCAAAGAAAAAACAUGUUGAGUUGUCCAAACAUUAUUUACCUUACUGCUCUUCAGGGCUUUGUAAUUUAUUGACAAAAUCGUUGAUUUUCACUUUUAUUUAUCUCUUAAAAGUGAAUAAGCAAUCUAAACAGAUUUUUUUGAAUAAGUGACAUUAAGCUGUGCAUUAUUUUACUUUUGCUUAAAAGUAUGCAACUGAUUUAUGCAAUUGAGUUCAUCGCUUUAAAAAUAUCGUGUGAAUGUCUUUAAUAAUCCCAUCAUUGCAAUGACGAAUUAUCGAUGUUUUCUUAUCAGCUUAAAUUUAUUAAAAGAAUUAGUAAGAUUUAGUAUUGCGACAAUCAACGAUGGAAAACAUUGAUUUUAAUGUGGAGUACGGCGAUCUACAAUUGGGAGAUUUUAUAGACGGUGGUAGCUUUGGUGAUGUUUACAAAGCACAUUGGAGAACUGAAAACAAAGUGAUUGUUGUUAAAAAAAUUCGUCGCUUCAUAAAAAAUGCAGGAAAUAGUAAUAAUGAAAAAGCAAAUUUAAAUGAAAUUAAAAACAACAAAGUUCUCAAUCAUCCGAAUAUUAUCACUUUCUAUGGAGUAACAAAAGAUUCCGAAAAUAGAAUUUGCAUGCUUUUUGAGUUCGCCGAUUGUGGUUCACUCUAUAGCUUCUUGCAUGAAUCGAAUAUAAAAAUAACACUAGAUGGAAAGCUUAAUUGGAUGAGCCAGAUAGCGAAGGGCAUGGAAUACUUACAUGACCAAAAAAAGGUCCAUCGGGAUCUUAAGUCUAAGAACCUUUUGCUUUGCAACAAAUACCGUACGGUGAAAAUAUGUGAUUUUGGCACAAUUAAAGAACUCGCAACGGUUAAUACGGAAGGUAUUGGGACAAUUGCUUAUAUGGCUCCAGAAAUAUGGAAUGAAGGAGGGAGUUACACGGAAAGGUGUGAUGUUUUUAGCUUUGGCAUUGUUUUCUGGGAAGUAAUGUCUGGAGAGAAGCCCUUUUAUGACUCUCAGCACAUGGAACCAAUGGCUUUACAAAGAAAAAUAAAUGAUGGUAAGCGUCCGAAUAUAGAUGAUAUUGACAAACUUAAAAAGUUUGAGAAUUUGAAUUACAUAAAACUGUUAAUUCAAAAGUGCUGGGAUAAAGAGCCACUAAUGAGACCAACCAUGAGAAGAUUGGUUACCAUUCUUGGCAUUCAGCCUCGAGUUUAUAGCAAGAAUCCACAUCUAUUGCUUGAAAUUGAUAGAUUGAGAGAUAUUUGUGAAGAAGACUUUAAAUUUCCUUAAUAAGAUAUUUUUGUACGA